UACCACCUGUUCCAAUCUAUGGUUCCAAUUUGUAUUUGCAUCCAGUUUAAUACAUUUCGUAUAAAUCACACGGUGCUUUUAAAAUAAACAGAGUCGUUUGAAUUGCAGUCCUCAAACCGACAGAAGGGGACAAUUGUAUAAUAGAAAGGCGCUCUUUGCUGGAUAUGCCGAUGCCACUGCUGGUUACCGACGUUGCUGUUGCUGUGGAGGGAUUAAGUUGAAUGCUAACGUUAACUCCGUUUAAAGCAUCACUGCGUGUUGUUUUUACUCUUUUUAAAAGCAUGCCACUGGUCUAUUAUAUGUCGUACAUUUGCUGAUGUUGUCAGUCAUUGUGGCAUUAAUGUGCAAGGGUAAUAGUAAUUGAACGAAACAACACGCUAGUUUAUGUUGAACUGUCAAAUUAAUCAAACUAGCUAGCUAAGAUAUCCUGUGUCUUGAGCUAGAUUGUCCAGCAAGGAAGUAGGUUAUAGUUGCCAUAAUGAAAGUCAGUUCGUCCGUUUUUGCGUCGUUUUGCCUCAUAUUUGAGUUAUUGGGCCUUGCCCUGUUCUUAAGAGGAUUUUUCCCCGUCCCUGUCAAAUCAUCUUUCUCAUCUAAGAAUAAACUGUCUGACCUGCCAGCUGAACCCUUGGCAGGGAAUGGUCCUAAUUCAUCCAAAGUCCCCCCGCCUCUGUUUAAAAGGGUGGUGAUAGUACUGAUCGAUGCCCUCAGAGAGGAUUUUGUGUUUGGACCCAAUGGAAAAAAAUACAUGCCAUACACAAGGCACCUGGUGGAGCGAGGGUCCACUCACAGUUUUGUGGCCAAGGCUAGACCGCCUACUGUCACAAUGCCAAGGAUCAAGGCCUUGACCACUGGCAGCAUCCCUGGCUUCAUCGACGUCGUGAUGAACCUGAACUCACCCGCGCUCCACGAAGACAACCUCCUGUGGCAGGCCAAGACGGCGGGCAAGCGCAUCGUCUUCUACGGAGAUGACACCUGGGUGAAGCUCUUCCCGAAGCACUUCAUGGAGUACGACGGCACCACCUCCUUCUUCGUCUCCGACUAUACUGAGGUGGAUAACAACGUGACGCGCCACCUGGACAGCACUCUGAAGCGGGACGACUGGGACAUGCUGAUCCUGCACUACCUGGGCUUGGACCACAUCGGUCACAUCAGCGGCCCGCAUAGCUCGCUCAUCGGACCCAAGCUCCUGGAGAUGGACGAUGUGCUCAAGAAGAUCCACGCUGCCCUCAUCUCAAAGGAAGCGGAGGGGACGCUGCCCAACCUGCUGGUACGUCUCGGGGACCAGAGAUCAACACCGGCAGGUGCUCGUCCGAGCCCCGAGAUCAACACUCCUCUGGUGCUCAUCAGCCCCGCUUUCAAACGCAAAGCGGGCAUGGAAAAGCCCAGUGUGGUGGAGCAGGUUGACCUGGCCCCCACCCUGUCUCUAAGCCUGGGUCUGCCCAUCUCCCAGAACAGCGUUGGGCGCCUGAUCCCGGCCGUGUUCGAGGAGACCUCGCUGAGAGAGCAGCUCCGCGUCCUCCACCUCAACGGCUACCAGCUCAGCUGCCUGUUGAGGGAUAGCACCCUCGCCUACCAAAAGGAGGAAGGCUACGAGCUGUUCCGCGUGGCCGAGAAGUCCCACGGCAACUGGAUGAAGCUCUACCUGGAGGGCAACACGUCCGAGACGCUGUCCAACAUGGGCCGUAAGGUGCUGCGCCAGUACAUUGAUGCCCUGAAGGCCAUGAGCUCGGCCCUCAGCAGGCAGCUGGGCAAAUACGACAUGUACUCCAUGGUGGUUGGCACUGUCCUGCUUGUCCAGAUGCUGCUGCUGCUGCUGCUGGCCAUGCCCGAGGCCCUGAGCGGCGCGGCGGUGGUGGACGUGCCGGUGGGUGUGGCACUGACGUCUCUGCCCUUCUACCUGCUGUGUCUGCUGUGUGCCGCGCUGCAUGUGGCUCUGUGCACGUCGGCCAGCGCCUCCUGCUACUUCUGCGGCCUCCCCUGGGCCCUGGUGUUCGCCGCCAUCGCCUGCUCCGCUGCCCUUGCCUGCGCACUCGUCACCAUGGCAGCCAGAAGGCUCGCACCGCCAACCAAGUCGCCCUCCAAGGUGUCGUCCCCAGGCUGGGAGCUGUCUGAGUUGGACAUGCUGCUGCUGCUGGGCACGGUGGGCCACACGCUGAGCCUGGGCGCCUCCAGCUUCGUUGAGGAGGAGCACCAGAGCUGGUACUUCCUGCUCAACACGCUCUGUCUGGCCGUUUUCCAGGAUGUUUGCCGCAAGUACUUCCGCGAGAGGCGGCGAGCCAGCCAGGGGGGCGCUGGUGGUGACAGCGAUGAUGAGGAGCAGCUGCUCCCCUCCUGCAAGGCCGCCGGCCCCGACACGUCGCCGCUGGCCGACCUUGGCGUGAGCAGGGGCUCGGAGAAGUGGCUGGCUCUGGCAACGCCACCCCUGACCCUGGCCUGCUGUCGGCUGUUGCGUUCACUCAACCAGACGGGUAUCCAGUGGGCGCACCUGCCCGACCUCAGCCACUGGCUUAACAGUGGUGACCAUAAGGUGGUCCUGUCGCUGCUGUCGAUGGCGUCGCUGGCGCUGGUCUUCGUGCUGGUGCAGCGCCGGUGUUCUGCCGUGUCCAAGAUCGCCCUGGCACUGGGCCUCCUGGGAGUCUACAGCUACCGCGCCGCUGCCGGCUCCGUCCUGUUCCCAUGGCAACACAGCAGCCGCGCCGCGUCCAAGGGCACGAUGGAGGCGCGCUUUGUCUACGUCUUCGUCCUGGGCAUCCUCUUCACCGGCGCCAAGGACCUGCUCCACUCGCAGCUGGUGUCGGCGGAGGCGCGUCUGCGCGGACGUGGCCUCUGGGAGGUGUACAGCGGCGUGGUGCUGCUCAUCGCCCUCCUGCUGCGGCCGCACAACCUGCCCACGCUGGCCUGCUGUCUGCUGGUCCAGUCGCUCAUGGCCCAGUUCAUCUGGAAGAGGCUCCACUAUGACGCAGCACAGACCACCAUCAUGCACUACUGGUUCGGGCAGGCCUUCUUCUACUUCCAGGGUAACUCCAAUAACAUAGCGACAGUGGACAUCUCGGUGGGAUUCGUCGGGCUGGAGAGCUACGUGGAGGCGCCGGCCAUCUUCCUGACGGCACUCAGCAGCUAUGCCGGACCCCUGCUCUGGGCCUGUCACCUGGUGUGCUACCUCAGCUCCGAGAGAGACAGUAGGAGCAGUGCAGCGCUGGGUCAUGGCUGCUACUGCUUUGCGCUGCUGCGGUCAGUGCCGGCUGUCUUCUACGUGCUGCUGGUGACGGCGCUGCGCUACCACCUUUUCAUCUGGAGCGUCUUCUCACCCAAGCUGCUCUACGAGGCCAUGCACACACUCGUCACCGCACUCAUCUGCAUCUUCUUCACCUUCAUGGACCAGAGUCCGUCCCCCAGCAGAGCCUAACACCACCUCCUACUCCUCCACCUCCUUACUUCCUCCUCCUCCAGCCUUACCCCAGAAGAGCCUAACACCACCUCCUACUCCUCCACCUCCUCCCAGCCUUACCCCUCCCCCAGUCCCCGGCCCACACAGGCCACACUCCCCCACCCGCCCCCAGGCGUCCGAGGUGGGCUCCCUAAGCCAGGCUGGGAGGAUGAGGCUGGAGGCUGAGCUGGCUGGAUAAAAGACUGUGGUGGAGGUCUGGGGUGGAGAUCACAGGUCCAGCACAGACAUGAGCAGACAAACUGAAGGGUGGUGAGAGCUUCUGGAGCAUACAGAGCGUACAGAGAGACUUUGGCGUUCCCCUCCUGCAGAGCAUCGCAGCGCUAAGCUAACUCGCAAGCUAAAGGAUUACAGAAUGUGUGCGGUCUACGUGAGAACGACACUGUUAGCUUCACUCAGGAAAAGAUUCCCCUGAAUGUAACCGUUUUGAAAAAGCUACACUUCUUAA